GGGCCGUCCGAUAAUGGCGCGCAUCAAAGCGAAACCGAUGUGCAGGCCGAUCGCGCCUCUGGUUCCUCCCCCGCCCCCCAAGAACGGCUUCAGGGCUACGCCCCCUCCACAGGCCGUCUUCGACCCGGCUGCCUUUCCCCCCGGACAGCAAAGGUUCGUUUAUGCGAACGGUGCCCCAGGACAGCCGGUAGCCCCCGCUCCUGCCGCUUACAACCCCAUAAUCUACGGCGCCUAUCAGCAGCAACAGUAUCCAAACGCUUAUGUGGCCUGGGCACCAUCAGGUGCCGGCUUUUUCGAUUUAAGCAGCGUGUUUUCGGCGAACGGUCUGUCUGCGCAACCUUUUAAACAUCAGACAUACAGAUCCGCGCAGCCGAGGCCGAGGAACAAACAACGCAACACGCAGCAACAACAGCAAAGUGGACCCAGCGAACAGCAGGGUCCUUCGAACACUCAACAGCCUCGUGCCACGUCGGCGUCGCAACAAGGUCCCGCCCACCGAGUCCCUUCCCCGGCGCACGCCCACCACAACCACCAGCACUACCCGACGGUGUCGGCGUCGUCGAGGCCACGCCUCCAACGGCAGUAACAACAACGGCAAACGCGAAGACGUCUUCCAAAAUGGGCGG